UAUCAUCAUGCUUUAUUAUAUUCCGUUAUCAUUUCGAAAUGAUGAUGAAUGACUUUCUCAUUGUCUGAUAUAAUUAUUGAAUGACACUGUGAGAGAGUCGAUGUAUGGCUCAUCUGUGAUCUGAUGCUGUAACAGAUGUAUUAAUGCAUCACUUCAUCAGUGCGCGGUAUUAAUGUGAUCAUAUCGAUGUGUGAUUCGGCGAAGGCUCGUUUCCUGGAGAUUUGCUGAAAUGAUUCGUGUGUUUCUCGCCGGUCUUUAGCUCGUUCUGAUCAGACGAAGUGCUGCUGUUUACUGAGGGUUCUGUGUGUCAGUCUCAUAGUGUGUGUGUGAGGAAUGUGACACAAGUGUGAGAUCAAGCACAGCUUCCAGGUCUUUUUACAUGAUGAUAAUCAAUAAUCACUGAAUAAAUCUAAGAUUUAAGCUAAGAUUUGCAUGUUGCUUAUGUAGAUGGUUAUCAUCAAGAAACAAGAAUUAUAGCACAGAUAAUAGGAAGCAUUUUAGACGUAGUUUUAUUGCGCAGCUUGCAGUUAGUUCAGGUUUUAGUUAGAUGACCAGAGAUGAAGGAGUAAACGAGACAGUGUGGGACAAUGAACGUUCGCCCGGCUAAAUACAUGAACUGAUUUGAUCAGAGUUUGGUGGUGAUGUAAAGGUUUUCUGAGUCUAAUUUGUGGCUCAGGUUAACUGUGCAGGACAGAACUUGCCUCCUAACCACUGUCUGCUGGCCGGACAGCUUCUCUCUACAGUACUGUGUAAUUAUCCCACACAAGCAGGUCACAAAUAUCCCUGCUUUAGACGGGAGGAUUGGGUAAAGUGUUCCUGAAGGUGAGAGUCUGGAAUAUUUCACUGGCUUUGAAAGUUUACUCAUCCAUCACCCUUCUCAUAAAUCCCAAUGACAGACUAAUUAUACAUCAUUAAAAUAGUCCUUUCUCAUACUGUUGACACAUACCAAUGUACUGUGUAUGUAUGAUGCUGUACAAUGAUACAAUGUCAUUUUUUUAAUCUUUCACAAAUACGUUUUUGACACAAAGCCUUUAAACUGGUUCUUCUUGAGAGAAAGUGAUUCUGAAUGCAGCGGGUUUGUUCAUAAAACGCUCUAGUAUUUAUCAUUGAAACUGGAAUCUUACAGAUUCACAUUUAUUCAAAUAACAGACUACAUAGGAUUUACUCUGUCUGAACCUGACAGAGUGUUGAGUCAAUGUGUCUGGGAUGAUCCUGUGAUCUUUGCUGCCAAACAUGUUUUUUUCUCACCAGUUUAAUUGCAAAUGUACGGCAUCUAUGCACAGACAUAAAAUGUAAAGACUUGUUAGAUGAUCUGGGUUAUUUGUAUGUCAACACGAUUGUGUGUAUAAAAGAAUAAAGAUGUAAGUCAAACUGUAUUCACUGUAUUCGAUUUGGGAUUUAGCUGUAUUGUGGUUUUAAGGCAAUAUUUCCGUCACAGUUGCUAUUGAGUGUAAUGAAUGUUGUUAUGUUCUGUGUCUGAUUUCAGCAGUUUCUGUGAGAAAUCUUCAGAUUUAAACUGCAAAUGUUGCAUAUCAAAGUAUUUAUUUUAACUAUAAUGUAUUUUUCAAAUGAUAAGGUUAAAUCAGUGUAAUCAUUUCUGAAAACAAAGUCUCAAAUGUUAACAUUAAACAUAAACUAACUGUGAACAUUUUUACAGGAUUUAUUAACCUUUGUUAAUGUUAUUCAAAAAUAACAAAUUUGUUCAUUGUUUCUAAUGUUAAUAAAUUUUUUUCAUAUGUUUGUAUGCACUAAUGUUAACAAUCAAUCAAUCAAUCAAUCAUUUUUAUUUAUAUAGCGCUUUUAACAACACAGGUUGCAUCAAAGCACUGUACAGUAUUAACAAGUGAAACCUUGUUGUAAAAUGCUACCCAGAUUUACGUUUUUGUAUUAAUCAGUGAUUGCUUGCACGUAAAAAAGACUGUCUUUAUUUUUUAGUGGUGUUUUUAGAUUUUAAUUUAAACCCUACACAGCAUCCUUUGCUGUGGUGUCAGUAUUGUAGAUAAUUCAGUCAGAUAUAAUUAGUGGUCUUUUCUAAAACAAGAAUCACUAUUAUUAUUACUUCUUCUUUGUCUUCUGCUUCCAGUGAAAACUUCAGUAAGUCUUUAUGCAGCAUAUUGAGCUGUGAAUAUACCUCAAACUAUGCAGAAACAGCAUAGAAAUACAGCUGAAUUAACUCCAUAUGACCGGCCUGCCAGUCGCUCACAGAACUGUCCUCACAAACACGUCAAAAUCAGUUUGAAUCUUGAGUCUUUUUAUGCCUUAUAGAGAGAUUUAUGAAGAUUAUUUAUGAAAACCAAACCUGUCAUAAUAUGUCAGACUGCAAGCAUGGGUUUUACAUAUAUUACUUUUACAGUGCUAUUAAUAUAAAAUAUAUUUAAAUGAACGCUACUAACUAUGCUCCUAUAUAUAAUGCAGUCAUAUGAGACUUUAGAGUAAUUGUCCACAUCAACCAUCCAUGACUGCAAAGAGAGGUUGAAUUAAUAAUUACACACAUGCUAUGAAAAGAGAAAUAUUUUAAAUCAGAUGUAUUUGUGGAUCAGCAGUGGAGAAUAAAUCUAGAUUAGUGUGGUUUUACAGUGUUUGUCAUGACUCAUGUGUCACAUGUGUGUUUUAUUUCAGUGUCUAACAAGAGGAAAAAGAUGAAGCAAUGAUCUGAGAGUCAAUCACCCCCUGAACACUAUCACACACAAGAAUGCGCAUUAAAUAUACCAUUUCUAUCAUCUUUAUCGUGGCUCUGGUCAUCAUAGAAAAGGAAAACAACAUCAUUUCAAAGGUGUCUGAUAAACUGACCCCUAGACUGACCCCGCUGACCCCUCUGUUGCUGCUCAGUGCUUCUCUUCUGUCCUCUGCGCAGCACAAUGUCUCGAUGGACCUGAGUGUUCUGGAGAACUCGACUCGGAGCGUCGAGCGGAGCCCUGCUUCAGCAGCUGGAGGACGCAAGCACAUCCUUCUGCUGGCCACGACUCGCACCGGCUCCUCAUUCGUGGGAGAGUUCUUUAACCAGCAGGGCUCCAGCAUGUUCUAUCUGUUUGAGCCGCUGUGGCACGUGGAGCGUAUGCUAACCGUGGAAAGCGGUGGGACAAAUGCCUCAGUCGCAGGGCCGGCCUACAGAGACGUUCUGCGCCAGCUGCUCCUGUGUGACUUCUCUCUGCUGGAGAGCUUCAUCGAACCGGCUCCGCGGGAUCACGUGACCGCUGCGCUCUUCCGGCGUGAGUCCAGCCGCUCUCUGUGUGAGGAGCCGGUGUGUACGCCGCUGGUCAGGAGAGUAUUUGAGCGCUAUCACUGCCGCGAGCGCCGCUGUGGGCCGCUCAACCUAACACUGGCCGCUCAGUCCUGCUCUGUAAAACAGCACCGUGCCAUCAAGUCUGUCCGUGUGCGGCAGCUGGAGACACUCCGGCCCCUGGCCGAGGACCCCCGGCUCGACAUGACCUUUAUCCAGCUGGUCAGGGACCCUCGUGCUGUCCUGGCCUCGCGCAUGGUGGCCUUCUCCAGCAAGUAUGACAUCUGGAAGCGUUGGGCUGUGGACGGAGACAUGCCGGUGGAUGAGGACGAAGUGAGGAAGCUCAAAGGAAACUGUGACAACAUCCGCAUGUCCGCCGAGAUUGGCCUGAAGCAGCCAGCAUGGCUCAGAGGACGCUACAUGCUAGUGCGCUAUGAGGACAUUGCGCGAUUCCCCAUGCGCAAAGCUGCAGAGAUGUACGACUUUAUAGGUAUUCCCUUCACGGCAAAGGUGGAGGAGUGGAUCCUAAAAAAUACUCGGGCGUCGAAGGAGGUCAGUGGAGUUUACUCCACACAGAAGAAUUCCUCGGAGCAGGUGGAGAAAUGGAGGUUUAGCAUUCCCUUUAAACUGGUGCAGCUGGUGCAGAAAGUGUGUGGCCCUACAAUGACUCUGUUUGGAUACAAGUUUGCAGAGAACAGAGACAUGCUGACUGAUAAAUCAGUGAGUUUGAUUGAGGAGAGAACAUUUUUGUGAUUCUAAACCUAGGCUGUGUUUGAAAUGCCAUACUCUCAUACUACUUGUACUAUUUCUGCAGUAUCCAGUGUGUAUGCUGUGCAUAGUAGACAAAUGUUCUGUAUGCAUGAAAUAUUUGCCAGAAUCUGCUAAAUUUAACUCAAGCCCACUGAAAUCAGUACAGAAGCUGUGUUCGGAAUGACAUACUACCAUACAACUCCUACUAUAUUGCAGGAUGCUGUGUGUAUACUUUGAUUAGUAUGUGAAUUUUCUGCACCAAAUGCCCAAACUACUUGCUAUAUUGGCUGAAAUUUGAUGUAUGCAUCUGAAGACAUGAGAUACUGUUUCACAGAACAGCAACGCGCUCCAUGUGACUGUCAUCUUCAAAUGCAUAAAUGAACUGGAAGUGGGGAAUAGUCGGCAGGACAGAAACUGUACUUUAAUCUACAGCACAUUUCCAACAAGUGAUGUGACAUCACUUUAUAUAUAUAUAUAUAUAUAUAUAUAUAUAGUGCUUUAUACAGUCUUGAUUGUUUUGAUGAUAUUAAAUAAUAAUAAUUCUAAUACUGCAGUAAUGUAAUAUAGAAAUAAAAUAUAGAAAUAAAAAUAAUAUUAAAAUUAUGUAAACAAAAUGUAUUUCCACCCACCAAUGCCUGGCUGCGAUAAACAGCACUGAAAAAAAACACGUGUCCAUCUGCACUGUCAGUGGUGUAGAUGUGUGCUGAUGAAGCGAUUGACCUGUGGUUGAACCUGCCUUUUGUUAAACUUGUGUUACUCCUUUUUUCUUUAUCAGAAAGGCAUUUAUUUUCAAUUAAAAUUAAAUUACUUUCUCAAGAAAUAAUAAAUAACAGCCCCUUAAUAAUACAGAGUGUAAUAAAACAGGUAUGCUUAAAUGUAGGUUUUUGUCCCAAAAAAUUGGCAUUCAUCUAAUUAAAUGUAUAUAAUAAUUUAUAUUCAAUAUGUUAUUGCAUAAUGAUUUAUAAUAUACUAUAGUACUGACGUAUAAAUAUCUAAAGAAAAUGCUGCUAUUUCAGAGUAAACAGAAUUUAGCAUUAUUUGCAUUUAGUGCAACUAGAAUAUAUCACCUUUUCCAAUUAGUGUAACUGUAAAAAUAUAAUUGUUGUGAAAUGUGUUUAAUUGGACAAUAUUGCAUUGUUUACUAGGAUGAGCCUUAUUAACAAGUCUUUGUAAAAAGAACGGUGAGCACAUUUGUUGUAAGGUAACAGGCCUGGCAGCUGUGCUGAAUUAAUGUUUGUGUUUGUCAUGUGACAAUUAAGCAUACUACUCUGAAAUAUUUGUUGCUUAUUGUAUACUGUUUCACACACAUUUCUUUAAAAAAAUAGUAGGCAGUAUACACUGUGUACUGGGCAGUAAGUAGUAAGCAAGUGUGCCAUUUCAAACACAGCCCUAUGCUUCAUGAAUAAGGCUGACGAGAUUCAUGACGCAAUUUUGAUCGAAAACAAGCUGCAAAAUAAAGUCUUUGCAUCACUUCUAAAGUAUUAUUAAAAAAAAGAAUAUAAUUUCCUUCGUUGAUAAAUGGCCAGUGAGCUCGUUUUGAUGAGAAGUUGAAGACAGGCAUUGCAUUGACUGUAUAUUCUGUACUGUAUGUGCGAUUGUUUGACAAGAAAUGAGUUGCUUUGUGUAUUCAGAUAUUCUUUCUGCAGCCGGAUUGCAGAACUAUAUCAAAAGUCGUCGUACAGAAAACAAAAACAUUUUUAUAGAUUUAAUAUAUUGUCUUAUUUGACAAGGGCUCUUUCUAAUUAUGUUCAUAUUGCAUUAUUUAAAUUUGUUACAAAAAAUCCAAAAUGUCUAGUAAUACAGGCUUGAAUAUUUCUCUUAAUGGAUUAAUAAAGUUUUACUUAACCUUG